UCUCCUGAAGGACUAGUAAACUUGAAGCAAAAGUUUGAUUCUUCUGUGCCUAUGAAUUCUGAGGUUCCCAUGGUGGAUAUGGAAGACAAUGUCAAUGCGAAUUCCAAUAAUUUGGGGUACAGGAGGAGUGUGCCUGUUCUUCCUAUUCACUCCCAGAAGAAGUCUGAAAAGAGCCAACACCAACCCCAUCGAAAUGAAUGUGAGCAACAUCAGUUUCUUUCAGAAAAGUUAGAUGGGGUUCAACACUUGACUUCAGGAAUUUCCGCACGAACUGGUUUUCAGUCAGAAAGAACUGCAAAUAGCCUUCUAAUGGAUUUUUAUUGUAGAGGUCCUGAUGGGCCCAAUUCUGGCAACUAUUUUGAUGUGCUGCCUCCUUUAAAACGUCAGAAGAUGGAAAAUCCUAUGUGUACCUCUCCAAAUGAAAAUGAAACUUCUCAUCAGUUGGCUCCAUUGUUGGUUCAACCAUGCUCUCCUGAAGGACUAGUAAACUUGAAGCAAAAGUUUGAUUCUUCUCUGUCUAUGAAUUUUGAGGUUCCCAUGGUGGAUAUGGAAGACAGUGUCAAUGAGAAUUCCAAUAAUUUGGGGUACAGGAGGAGUGUGCCUGUUCUUCCUAUUCACUCCCAGAAGAAGUCUGAAAAGAGCCAACACCAACCCCAUCGAAAUGAAUGUGAGCAACAUCAGUUUCUUUCAGAAAAGUUAGAUGGGGUUCAACACUUGACUUCAGGAAUUUCCGCACGAACUGGUUUUCAGUCAGAAAGAACUGCAAAUAGCCUUCUAAUGGAUUUUUAUUGUAGAGGUCCUGAUGGGCCCAAUUCUGGCAACUAUUUUGAUGUGCUGCCUCCUUUAAAACGUCAGAAGAUGGAAAAUCCUAUGUGUACCUCUCCAAAUGAAAAUGAAACUUCUCAUCAGUUGGCUCCAUUGUUGGUUCAACCAUGCUCUCCUGAAGGACUAGUAAACUUGAAGCAAAAGUUUGAUUCUUCUCUGUCUAUGAAUUUUGAGGUUCCCAUGGUGGAUAUGGAAGACAGUGUCAAUGAGAAUUCCAAUAAUUUGGGGUACAGGAGGAGUGUGCCUGUUCUUCCUAUUCACUCCCAGAAGAAGUCUGAAAAGAGCCAACACCAACCCCAUCGAAAUGAAUGUGAGCAACAUCAGUUUCUUUCAGAAAAGUUAGAUGGGGUUCAACACUUGACUUCAGGAAUUUCCGCACGAACUGGUUUUCAGUCAGAAAGAACUGCAAAUAGCCUUCUAAUGGAUUUUUAUUGUAGAGGUCCUGAUGGGCCCAAUUCUGGCAACUAUUUUGAUGUGCUGCCUCCUUUAAAACGUCAGAAGAUGGAAAAUCCUACGUGUACCUCUCCAAAUGAAAAUGAAACUUCUCAUCAAUCGGCUCCAUCAUUGGUUCAACCAUGCACUCCUGAAGGACUUGUAAACUUGAAGCAAAAGUUUGAUGUUUUGUCAUCUAUUAAUUCUGAAGUUCGCAUGGUGGAUAUGGAAGACAAUGUCAAUGCAAAUUCCACUAAAUCGGGGUCCAGGAGUGUGCCUGUUCUUCCUAAAGAGCUCAGCUUUGAUCAUAAAGAGAAGGAGGUAAAGGUCAGGAGUGAGAUGUAUCAGACAGAGCCAGAAAUAGAAAAUAAAUCUACCGCACCAGAAACUAAUUGUGCGAAAGAAGUACAGUCUGGGAAUAUGAAGAUAAGGGGUGUCUCCUUAACUGAAUUUUUCAAUGCAGAGCAAUUAAAGGAACAUAUAUUGAGUCUGAGGAAGUGGGUUGGUAAGACUAUACCAAAGGAAGAAAGGGGAAACAGUGAAAAUGUAUGUCAGUUGUGUGCAUCAGGAAAUCAUUCUUUUGCCCCUGUACCAAUAUAUUGUUCACGUUGUGGUGCUUGUAUCAAGCGCAGUGUAAUUUACUACUACACAACAGAUGAAAGUGGUACACAAAAUUGCUUUUGUAACUCAUGCUACAAGAACUCUCAAGCUGGGAAUAUCAAAUUCCAGGGUACUUCUGUUUCCAAGGCAGCACUUAAUAAAAAAAAGAAUGAUGAGGAAGCUGAAGAACCGUGGGUUCAAUGUGAUAAAUGUGACCGAUGGCAACAUCAGAUAUGUGCUCUUUAUAAUGAAAAAAAAGAUUUGGAAAAUAAAGCUGAGUACCUAUGCCCCAAAUGCCUCAUAAAAGAAAUAGAAACUGGGAAGUGUGUACCCUUGCCAAAGAAUGGCGUUUUGGGGGCAAAGGAUCUGCCUAGAACCAUGCUUAGUGAUCACAUAGAGCAAAGACUCUUAAGGAGUCUGACACGAGAGAAAGAAGAGAGAGCAAAGGCUGAAGGAAAAAAUCUUGACAAGGUGCCAGGAGCAGAAGAUCUUGUUGUCAGAGUGGUUUCAUCUGUUGACAAACAUUUGAAAGUGAAGAAGCAGUUUUUGGAUAUCUUUGAUGACGAAAAGUACCCUGCUGAAUUCCAAUACAGAUCAAAGGUGAUUCUUUUGUUUCAAAAGAUUGGAGGAGUAGACGUAUGCCUUUUCGGUAUGUACGUCCAGGAGUUUGGCUCAGAAUGCAGUCCUCCCAAUCAAAGAUGUGUUUAUCUUGCAUAUCUUGAUUCUGUCAAGCACUUCAGGCCUGAGAUAAAAACUAUUACUGGAGAAUGUCUCCGUACCUUUGUUUACCAUGAAAUAAUGAUAGGAUACCUUGAUUUCUGUAAGAAUCGAGGUUUUGCGGCCUGCUACAUUUGGGCCUGCCCACCUUCAAAGGGAGAAGAUUAUAUAUUAUAUUGCCAUCCUGAGAUUCAGAAAACACCAAAUUCUGAUCAGCUGAGGCACUGGUAUCUGUUGAUGCUGAGGAAAGCAGCCAAAGAAAAUAUUGUGAUCAAUUCUACUAAUUUAUACGAUAACUUCUUUGUUCCUAAUGGAGAAUGCAAGUACAAGGUUACAGCAGCUCGUUUACCAUACUUUGAUGGUGACUAUUGGUCUGGUGCUGUUGAGGAUGAGAUCAGAAGUCUUGAAAAAGAAAGCCCAGGAGAGUCUCAGAGGAAAUUGAAGAAAGUGAUGAGAAAUAGAGCUUUAAAAGGCAUGGGACAUGCAACUCCUUCUGGGAAUGCUACAAAAGAUAUUCAAAUCAUGCAAAAAUUGGGGGAAACUAUCUUACCCAAUAAGGAGGACUUCAUAAUUGUCCACUUACAGUUUAUUUGCACACACUGCUGUGAAGUGAUAUUAUCUGGUCACCGAUGGGUUUGCAACCAGUGCAAAAAUUUUCAGCUGUGUGAAAGAUGCCAUGAUGAGAAGAAAAACCUCUACGGGAUGGACACACAUACUUCAAUGAGCAAGGAUAAGCAUUUACUCUCUCAGGUUAUGGUUGAUGAUGUGCCUUCAGUUACCAAGGAUGAAGAUCUUACUUUAGACACUGGAUUAUUUGAAAAUAGGCACACUUUCUUGAGCUUCUGUCAAGGCAACCGUUAUCAGUUUGACACACUUCGGCGGGCUAAGCAUUCCUCAAUGAUGAUUCUGCAUCAUCUCCACAAUCCAACACUGGAGACCACUGAAACCAACUGCAGCAACUGCCUUAAGGAUACUACGGUUGACCAGAGCAGAGGAAGUGGGAUCUGCCCAGAGUUAGUCGUCAGUGCUGCAUGCAAUCAAGAGAAAGGACGUUCUUGUCAUAAUCAUGAGUUGAUUCAACAGUUUCCCACAACUUGUCAUGGGAUAGAGACUAAAGAAGCAAAGCAAAAGACAUCACAUGUUCAUUCUUCAACAAUAAAAGAGAUUAAAGAGGAAAAGCAAAAGGCUUCGCAUGUCCAUUCUUCAACAGAAAAAGAAAAAUGCGUAAGAAGUCUCUAUCAAUUAUUAUCAGUUUUAGAGUGA